GCCACACGGUGAUGCACAGCUGCACAGCCUGGAGACACAACGGCCCUGCCCCAGCCUCUCCAUCCCCUGCCGGCAGCUCAGAUCAUGGGAGGUCCCCGCUUCAGCGUCUUUCUCGUCCUGCGUGCGCUGUGGAUCUUGCUGGUUCUGUGGGAAGAUCGACUGCGGAACACCAGCGUCUCUGCCUCCAUGGCCUGUGCUCCCUGGUGCCCCCGGCACUCCACAUGUGUCAACGCCACCACCUGUCGCUGCCUUCCGGGAUUCAGCUCUUCAUCUGCGGAGAUCACUGACCCCACGGAGACCUGUGAUGACAUCAACGAGUGCAGACCACCCUCGCCAGUUUCUUGUGGAAAACUGGCAGAAUGCAAGAACACGGAGGGGAGCUACUACUGCAUGUGCACCUCAGGAUACAGGCUUGUUUCUGGAGCAUUGAAUUUCAGUCAUGAGAGUCAGAACACAUGUCAAGACAUAGAUGAAUGCCACCUGGACCCUGGAAUCUGUAAAAGCCGCCACAUCUGCAUCAACGCCCAGGGCAGCUACACCUGCAGGUGCCCGCCGGGGUUGGAGGCCAACCCAGAGGACCCGAAGCUGUGCAGAGAUGUGAAUGAAUGCACCUCGGGGCAAAACCCCUGCCACAACUCCACACACUGCCUCAAUGUCCGGGGCAGCUACAAGUGCCGCUGCCGCCAUGGCUGGAAGCCAGUUCCUGGGUCCCCCAAUGGCCCAAACAACACUGUCUGUGAAGAUGUGGAUGAAUGCACCUCGGGGCAAAACCCCUGCCACAACUCCACCAUCUGCAUCAACGUCCAGGGCAGCUACAAGUGCCGCUGCCGCGAUGGCUGGAAGCCAGUUCCUGGGUCCCCCAAUGGCCCAAACACCGUCUGUGAAGAUGUGGACGAGUGCAGCUCCAGGGAGCAUCAGUGUCACAACUCCACCUUCUGCAUCAACACUCCUGGCUCAUACGUGUGCCACUGCCUCCCAGGCUGGGUGUCCAAACCUGGAUUCCUGAAUAAACAAAGGACUACCCAGUGUGAAGAGAUCUCCUUCCCCACCUGGACCCCUCCCCCUGGAAUCAAGAGCCAGAGUCUGUCCCGCUUCUUUGAAAAAGUUCAGGAUCUUGGCAGAUACUUCAAGACCGCCUCAGCCAAGGACACCAUCAAGAAUGUCAUCAAGGCAUUGGAUGAGCUACUGGAAGUCUCUGGGGACCUGGAGGCCCUGAUCCUGCCUGACCGGCACCGCGUAGCCACCUACCUGCUGUUGUACCUGGAAGAAGUCCUGAGGACCCUGACCAAAAUCAUACCUGAACCCUCCUUCACCUACCAUUCCCGUUUGGACACAGAGCUGUCCCUGGUGAUCCAGGAGCAAGGGAAUGGAACCAUCACCCUGGGCCAGAGCCACGCACGGAUGCAGCUGAACUGGGCUGAGGCAGUUGACAUUGGGGAGCCGGGCCCCACCCUGGCAGGCUUAUUCUCCAGCCGCAACAUGCAGAGAUUGCUGGCCAAUGCUUCCCUGGAGCUGGACCCUGAGAAGAAAGCCCAGCUGGAAAGCGCACAUGGAGGUCCUGUUGGUGGUGGCCAGCCCAGGCUCCUCUCUGCUGUCAACACAGUCUUUCUGAGCAACAAGAACACGGAGAAACUAGGCUCCCCUGUCAACUUCUCCUUCUCCCACCCUGAGGAGAAGCCCCGGUCACGGCAGGAGCUAAUUUGUGCCUUCUGGAAGGGUGACAGUGACAGUGGCGGAUACUGGGCCACCACAGGCUGCUGGAAGGUGGGCAGCAAGAAUGGCAGCACCACCUGCCGAUGCAGACACCUGAGCAGUUUUGCCGUCCUCAUGGCCCACUAUGAUGUGGAGGACCUGAAGUUGACCCUGAUCACCCAAGUGGGACUGGCGCUGUCGCUGGUCUGCCUGCUGCUAUGCAUCCUCACCUUCCUGCUAGUGCGGCCCAUCCAGGGCUCCCGCACCACAGUGCACCUACACCUCUGCAUCUGCCUCUUCCUGGGCUCCGCCAUAUUUCUAGCAGGCAUUGAGAACAAAGGCGGCCAGGUGGGGCCGAGCUGCCGCCUGGUGGCCGGGCUGCUGCACUACUGCUUCCUGGCCGCCUUCUGCUGGAUGAGCCUGGAGGGCCUGGAGCUCUACUUCCUCGUGGUGCGAGUGUUCCAGGGCCAGGGCCUGAGCAAGCACUGGCUCUACCUGAUUGGCUACGGCAUUCCCGGGCUCAUCGUGGCCAUCUCGGCAGCGGCCUAUCACGAUGGCUAUGGCCGAGAGAACUUCUGCUGGCUAAAAACCCACCGCGGCUUUGUCUGGAGCUUCAAUGGACCUGUGGCCUUCAUAAUUUUGUGCAAUGCUGUCAUCUUUGUGACGACUGUCUGGAAGCUCACUCAGAAGUUCUCUGAGAUCAACCCAGACAUGAAUAAAUUAAAGAAGGCCAGGGUGCUGACCAUCACGGCCAUCGCACAGCUCUUCGUGCUGGGCUGCACGUGGGCCUCCGGCCUGUUCCUCUUCCAACAGGGUAGCUACAGCCAUGUGCUGGCCUACAUCUUCACCAUCCUCAACUGCUUUCAGGGCCUCUUCCUCUUCCUGCUGCACUGCCUCCUCAACAAGAAGGUGAGGGAGGAGUACUGGAAGUGGGCCUGCAUGGUCACUGGGAACAAGUACUCAGACUUCACCACGUCCACAUCGAGCUCCAACCACAACCAGACUAAGGUCCUCAGGACGUCAGAGUCUGGCAUGUGACCACAGGUUCUGGCCAGGCCAGCAGCUCCUGUGGCCGCCUCAGCAGCUUUUGCACAUGCUGAAGACUAUCCCCUCCUCUCCCACUACCCUGCUCCCUCCACCCUCCUUGGAGAAGGGGAGUUCAUAGUUGUUCUGUGGCACCAAACCUAGGAACACACAGCCAGGGUGGAAUCGGACCCGAUGGACCUGCUUGUGGCUGCCUCUGCUGCACUCCAGCUGGGACCCCGGGUGGGCAGGAGCUGGCCCAGGGUGACAGCCUCUUGCCCUGGUACACAAUGCCCGGACACACAAGCCUCCUGUGCCCACCUGGCCUCCCACUCAUCUGUCUGCUACAAAUCAAGAGGCCAAGGUGAUGAGGUUCAACUUUCCUGUUAAGCAAAGACUGAGGUCAAGGAUGGGAGAAGGGCAUUACUGGCCCUGCUGCCUGUGGCUCACGGUACAGAGGCCAGUCUGCCUCUUUGGCAGAGGGUUCUCACUGUUUUGAAGGUGGUGGAUAUUGUGUAAUUUUUUUUUAUUAUCUGUAUAAACUUUUCAAUGUUGACACUUAAA